AUGGCCUUCCUGGGCGGCACCAAGUACCAGACGAUGGCGGACGUGCGGCAGCCGGAGGUGGUGGUGGCGGUGGUCAGCGACAUCCGCGUCUACAGUGGUUCCGACCGCCACCUGGACCACGACGUGGCGAUCGGCAAGCUGUCGAGGAAGUGCGAGCCGAAUGCCAACAUCAACCACGCCGCACUCACCUCGGUCACCAAGUGGGACGAGCCCAGGGUGGGCAUCAUGAUGGGCUUCGGCGAGACGUUCGAAGGGGACUUUGCGCACGUGCUGGGCAGCGCGAGUGUGACGCUGGAGUGCGGCGAGAUGUGCAGCCAGGAGGUGCCCACCUACCGCCUGGGUCAGAACGCGCUCUGCGGCACCAACACGACGUACGCCAUGUGCUGGGGCGACAUGGGCGGCGCCGUCAUGGACAACGAGGGGAAGCUGGCGGGGCUGAUAGCGUACAAGACGUUCAAGUCGCCCAAGUCGUCCGAGCAUCAGACUACGCGCCUGUGUGCCCAGAAGGCCAAGAACAUAUUCUUCAUGGCCAUCGGCUACUACCGCGACUGGAUCAAUUCCGUCAUCUCCGCGUCGGAAACAUAG